CUUUCGGUUUCAUCCCCUAGAAUUCCUGCGUUCACGAGAACUGGCACGCGAGAAGGACUUACUUGUGACGCAUGACAUUUCCAGUUAAAGACUGCCCUUCCUUCUCCGAGGAAAUGGACGGUAGCGAUACUUUGCAAAUCUCACGUUUUUAAAACACUUUUCUAUGUUUUUUUUUGCUCAACUGAGGAUGAUAAAAAGUUUGGGGAGAAUAAUAAAGGAGACGUUUGAUCGCCAUGAGUAGAGCACUUAAGCCUUCUUCUUUCAUCCACCGACCCACCGCCCUCUCCGGAUAGUGUGUUGAAAUAAGAAGGAGUGCGCCCUCUGCAGCGGCCAUGAGGAAAUGUCAGCUCUGGACUUGUGUAUUGCUGAUUCUAAUCAGCCAGUCAUAUAUAAUAUCAGUUAGUGGAGCAGAGAAUGGAAGUUGUCCUGAAGAUCAAUACUGGAAUUCGAAAGGAUUCUGCUGUAAUAAAUGUCUUGCAGGGUUUAAGCUGAAAGAGAAAUGCCCUGAACGUUUGAUGAGGUCAGAAUGUGAGAAAUGUGAGGAUGGAACCUUCCUAGAGAAACCAAAUUACUCUAUAAACUGCUUCAGAUGCCAGGAGUGCAAAAAACCCCAUUCCAUAGAGAAAUCAAAAUGUACGCAUGAAACCAAUAGGGUGUGUGGGUGUGUGAAAGGAUAUUACAAGAAGACUUUAUCCGCCUCAGACUGGGAAUGUUCUCGCUGUAAGGAGUGUGGACCUGGACAGGAGAAAACUGGAGAUUGUGGGGAGGAACAGAAUACACUGUGUAAGUGCAUAGAAAAUCAUUACCUUGCCAAGGAUAAAAAGUCCUGUGAACCAUGCGUCAAAUGUCAGACAGGGUGUGAACACUUGUGCAUACCCAGCACUACACCAGUGCUCAUUAGAUCCGCCAAACCAACAACUUCGUCAGACACAUUACCUCAAAUACUGGUUCCCAUUUGUGCAUGUAUCACGGUUGUAGCUUUGGGAGUGUUUAUGUUAUAUGAAGGCCUCAGACUUUGGAGGAAGAGGAAUCGUGCUUUGUCAUCGCAGACAUCAUCACCUGCUCCCGAAGAUCAGACAUUGAUUAUCACGAUCCCACCAGACAAAAUAAAUGAGAGUGCUCCUUUUACAAAUCAGCCGUGCGAACCUGAACAGCACAGAAAACUCCCAGACUGCGUCCCAAGAGAGAUCAAAAUUCAUGAAUUCUUCUAUUUUGUGCUGGACGAGGUCCCUGUCGGACGAUUUAAAGAACUGGUACGUCAGCUUGGCGUUUCUGAGCAGAACAUUGAAAGGGCAGAACAAGACAACCGGAAGUACAAGGAUGCCCAAUACCAGAUGCUGAAGGUUUGGAGUGACAGUGGCAGUGGAGGAGGGAACAAUGUUUUGCCAUGUCACCGCAUCCAGAUGUUCAUCGAAACAUUGAGGGACAUGUAUUUGGUUAACUGUGCGGACAACAUCGAGAACAGGUUCCUUUCGCAGGACACAAGCGCUCCAUAAUGAUUCCAUUGGAAAAGAAUGGAGAACAGGGCAUUAAUAGAGAUCUUAACCUUCCACUAAAUUCCAUUGGAUUCCUUUGAAAGUGGAAGUGCAUCUACAGCUGUAUUACUGGAUAACACCAUGCCAUAUUUCCAGUUGUCUGAAGAUUUCACACUAAAAAUGUUUUAUGAACAUGCAUAUAUUCUUGUAGUAUGUAUGUAGUGUUGUGUGUAAAUAUUUCAUCAAGGCUUUUUCUGGUGCAGUUAAAGUUUAUAUAUAUAUAUAUAUAUAUAUGAACAAGGGUGGUGGGGUGGUUGGGGUUUGGGUUGUCAUUUUUUACAAAUUUAAUGGAGAUGACAUAAUCAUGGAUAUUCUCUGCCAGUUCUCCUUAUAAUAGCACAAAACUCACAAAAACAUGUCCAGUUCACAUUUCACCAUAAAAAAUAUAUACACUACUGUUCAAAAGCUGGAGAUCAAUAAGGUUUUUUAUGAAAAGACAAUCUUUUUUGAAAGAAGAUUAUGUUCCCUAAGGCUGCAUUUAUUUGAUCAAAUUAUUGUGAAAACAAUAAUAAUGUGAAGUAUUACUUUUAAAUUUAACGUAACCAUUUUCAUUUUUUAUAUAGUUGAACAUUUUAUUCUUUCUUACGAUUUUUAGCAGCCAUUUCUCCAGUCUUCAGUAUUACUUUAAGAAAUCAGGAAGUUUAUUUUAACUUUUUUGGGUGGUAAAAUGUGACCUGAUCAUGUUCUUGAUGUGUUUUGUGAGAUAUGUGACCCUGGACCACAAAAUCAUUCAUAAGUCGCACGGCUAUAUUUGUAGCAAUAGCCAACAAUACACUGUAUGGGUCAAAAUUAUCGAUUUUUCUUUUAUGCCAGCAAUAAUUAAGAUAUUAAGUAAGGAUCAUGUUCCAUGAAGAUAUUUUGUACAUUUCCUACCGUAAAUAUAUCAAAAAUGAGUGAAUAUGCAUUGCUAAGGUCUUCAUUUGGACAACUUUGAAGGCAAUUUUCUCAGUAUUUUGAUUUUUUUGCACGCUCAGAUUCAGUUGUAUCUCAGCCAAAUAUUGUCCUAUCCUAACAAACCAUACAUCAACGGAAAGAUUAUUUAUUCAACUUUCAGAUGAUGUAUAAAUCUCAAUUUCAAAAAAUUGACCCUUAUGACUGGUUUAGUAGUCCCGGGUCACAUAUACCUAAUAAUGCCUUCAGCUGUAUAGAAUUAACGUUAAACUAGAGGUAUUUUUGAACCAAAAGCUCUCUUUAAUUGCAUUUGUAUUGCCAUAUGUUUUCUGUGUAUCAUUCCACAGCUUUCUCAUGGGAUUUUAAUAUGGUGCUUCAGCAAAAAUAAUAGCAUUAAUAUGUGCAUGUGCCAAUAUAAAGCUGAUUUGACCACAGAUUAUUUGUAUCAAGCUUUCAAGGUAAAUCUUGUAGAUUUGUUAGCUGAAUAUGCUAAUGGAUAAAUUUAGCUUUUUCUGCUUUUCAGUGUUUAAAUGUUGCUUUAAUGUCUUUAAAAUGUUCUGUCCUUCUGUCCAGCAGAUUUUUUUUAAGUGUUAUUGCACACAUAUUUGGCUCAUGUCCCCUAGGCAGCUCUGUUUUUUUUAAUUGAACUUUUAUUAACCUGGAAAGCAUGACCCUUGCUACAGUCAUAAAAUUUUAAUCUCCUUUUCAUCUUGUUUCCAUAACAGCAGACUUGGGUUUUUAUACUUUUACUUUCCAUUCUUUCUCUUUAGAAAUGUGUAAUAUAAUAUGCAAGCUAAUCUCUGUGCAUUCAAAUAUCAUGAGCCAAUUAGAAGCAUUUAUUUUUGCUUAGAACAAACUUAAUGUCCCAAAAAUGAAUUUUAUUUUUUUUAAUACCCACCGAUAUGCACUUUUUCUUUUUAAAUGGACAAUUGUAGAAUUACAAAUAUGGUGACUUUUUGUAUACAAAUGGUAUAAAAUGAUGUACAUACACACACACACACACACACAUAUCUUCCAAAAAUAAACUUUAUAUUUUGAA